CAUCCUACAUGGCAGCACUACCCAUUCGACCAAUGCUGGCGCUGGCGAGAGAAGAAGCGGCCAUCAUCGCGACCGACGCCGCGGUCGCGGCACGUAACAGCGUCCAGGCAGAAGCCGGUGCCGCGGCGCGCGUGGCCGGCGUCGAGGCGGCGCCGGCGCUCAACCCGCUCGCGGUGCGCAGUGCCGCUGAAGCGAGCGCAAAGCAGGCUAUCCAGGGGACUGAAACGUCCAUCUUCCAGGGGCUCGCCCACGCGCCGCCACCUGUCCCCGGCACGACGGGCGCAACGAUCACCUCGACCACCUCAACAGUGACCACGACCGUGCUCUCCGAGUCGACGGCAGCGCUCACGACUGCGACGACGACGACAACAACGACGACCACCACAACGACCGGCCUGCCUGGCGCCCUGCGGUCCGCAGCGGCCGAGCUCGGCGUCUCGGCGCGCGCGGCGCACCCCGAGCGCGGGGGCUCGACUGUCAUCUCGCACAUCCUCGAGGCGGAGGGCAGCGCGACGGUCAAGGAGGCGCUGAGCAACGCGGGCGAGACGGGCGUCGAGGCCGUCGGAGGCAAUGUCGCGCAGAUUGCCGAGGCGAUGCUCGAGGGGCAGCCUCUGAGCGUGCGCGGCCUUGCCCAGCAGCCGUAGUGUAGAUUCUAGUCGUCCUGUC